AUGGGUUGCUGUACUAUAUGUUCGCGAUUUUUUCUUAUAGUUAUCUCCAUCGUGAUGAUUUUAUUCAGUAUAUCAAUCAUCAUUGCAGCGGCAAUUAUUCUAUCUCAAUCAGACAACAUUGCAGCUGCAUUGCCUAACAACAUUCGAACGGUAACUGUAUCAGCCAUCUUGGUCAUUGUCGCUUGUGUAAUGAUGAUUUUCUCUGGCUUUUCGGGUUGUGGUGGAGCUUUCAAGAGAAAUUCUAAGCCAUUAUAUGUCUAUGUAGUUUUUGCUGCUAUCGUUUUAGCCAUGUCAAUCGCUGGCGUUGUUAUUGCUGCUAUCAAUAGUCCACAAAUUUCUUCUGCUAUCGGUCAAGGAUUAACUAAUGUCGCCACUAAUGAAUAUGGCGAUCCAAAUCGUCAAUCAAUUACUACUGCAAUGGAUAGAUUACAACGACAAUUCCAAUGUUGUGGCGGCAACAGUCAUCUUGAAUAUACCAAUUCGUUGUGGGCUAAUACUUCAGCAACUAACGCAACAAAUUCUAAUCCAGUCCCAUCAUCAUGUUGCAUCAAUCAACAAUCUCGAUGCGGUCAAGACCGUAUUAGUAAUUCUGUGAUUUAUACCAACGGUUGCACAACCGGCUCUGGAUUGAGCGCACAAUUUAUUCUUAACAGUGUUGUAGGAAUGGGCAUCGCAGUUUGUGUAAUUCAGGGCCUUGCUAUUUUAUGUGCUUUAAUUUUACUCCAUGAUCUUGUCUAUAACGAAGGCAAAGGCACCCAUUCUACAACUAAAGUAGUCAUUAUUAAAGAGCAAGCAAGUUAA